AUGGGCCGGGGUGAGGGCAGAGGCCUUCGCCGCCCCAAAGAAAAGGCGAAGGCCAAGGCGAAGGCCAAGAUGGCCCCGGCGCCUCCGGAUCCAAUGGAGGAGGCGGGAUCGGAUUCUCCGGCGCAAGAGGACAAGGAGGAGGAGGAGCAGGAGGAGGAGGAGGAGGCGGCGCCCGAGGCGUCGCAUGGUGGAGGGGACGACGCCGAUGUGGCAGAUGCCAAGGAGGCGCCUCUGCGGCGCUUCGAGGUUCUCGGCUUCCCUCACCUCGGCCUCAACCUGAAGCUGCGCCAGGUUUACGAGGAGUCGGAGCUGCGGCGAAAGUGUGGCAGCGAUCAGGCGAAGCUUCGACGCCUGGAAAUCGCGCUGAAGAAGCCCGACCUCUUCAAAGAAGUGCGAGCCGCUGGCGCUGCACCUCCUGCCGCGAAGCCGGCGAAGGCCAAAGCAGGCACGAAACGGAAGGCUCCUGCUGAUUCUUCGGCUGAGCCCAAGGAGAGAUCUGGGCGCUGGCAUGGGGCUUUAGGCCUCGGCCCCGCGGUCGGUGCGCAAGCGGCCAGCUUUGGCCGCCCCUCCACCCGAGGAAGCUCCAGCCGCCGAGUCUCCCGAGCCGGAGGCCUCGGUGGAAGACAGCGAGAAGGCGGCUGA